GAGUCUGUAAUAUCCAGCUGUCUGUCUAUGAAGAGUGACCAAUCUAAAGAUCCUCCUCUUGUCUUCAGUAAUGAACCUGGACCCUCAGACACAAAACAGAGAGCAGAGUCUGUAAUAUCCAGCUGUCUGUCUAUGAAGAGUGACCAGUCUAAAGAUCCUCCUCUAGUCUUCAGUAAUGAACCUGGAUCCUCAGACACAAAAGAGAGGAAGAGGAGGGCUGUUUCUGUGGAGGAGCAGCUGUCCUGCUGUUCUUUGUGUCAGGACGUCCUGAAGGAUCCAGUCUCUACCAGCUGUGGACACUGGUUCUGCAGACAGUGCAUCACCUCAUACUGGGACCAGUCUGCUUCAUCAGGAGAUUCCUCCUGUCCCCAGUGUGCAGAAAGAUCCAGAACCAGACCUGGACUGCAGACAGACAGUCAGACCAGCACUGUACAAACAGAAAGUGGUCUGCAGGAGGUUUUAGAUGAACAUCAGAUCAGUCUGAGCAGCACAUGUGAAUGUGUGACUCAAGGAACUGAUGAAGCAGGAAGCAGCCAAUCAGAUCCCUCCUCUCUUUGUGGACAGGGUGACAGAAGUACGAGGCUUCACUGA